AUGCGGCUGGCCACUUCACAGUCCAACGCCGUCAGACGCGUGUGGCUGUUUAUGCGGUUGCGCCCUGAGAUCAGCAGCUUCAUAAACCCAAACGUGAGCCAGGUGAUCCAGGUGAGUGAGAUCGUAUUUGUCCAGAAGACGGAAGAAGAACAUCUACAGGCCAGUAGGAGGAAGAGCAGCACCAAGCAACCUGACCAGCUGAUCAGCAACACCUUUACCGUCUCGUAUGUGCAGAGGGCCGGCAAACACCAGUGGCGCUGCAGUGAUGUGGUGUUUCAGUGCCCGGACCAGAGCACAUGUGAGCACUGGAUCACCGCUAUCAGCAAUCGGCUCGCACAACUCGCGAACCGGCCCAAACACUUACUUGUGUACAUCAAUCCGUUUGGAGGCAAAAAGCAGGGGAAGUGGAUUUACGACCAAAAGGUGGCGCCGCUUUUUCAUAAGGCACACAUCUCCACCGAUGUGAUUGUUACAGAGCGGGCCAAUCACGCAAGAGAACACCUGGAAAAACAGGCCGAUCUGGACCAAUAUGAUGGAGCCCCGUUGACUCCAUCUCGUGUCCGGCUCACUGAAGCGGAUGUGGACCCAUUAAACAGGGCUGCAGACUUCACAUAA